GGGGUCUCCAGACUUGGCUCGCAGAUCUUCCUCGUAGGCAUUGUGCCGACAAUUUUCCUGAAAACAAACCGCAUGGAGGAAUUCGAGGCCGCGGACGCUAUACAGGUGAGGAGCGCGCAUGGGAUAUCAAAGGAUGUAUAAGUGUCGUAGGUAGAAUUUCCUAGGGAUUUUCUUCUCUCCCAUUCCUAGAUCAAUCAAUCUUCUUACCCUCGCGAUGUUACUCCCCCUCAGGCAAACUUUUCUCUCUCUCCUCUCUCUCUACCUUUUCGCCGGUGGUACUGCGAAAGGUCUGGAACGACGCUUGAACAAUGGCCUCGCGAUUACACCACCCAUGGGAUGGAACUCAUACAAUCACUACUCCUGCUCUCCGAAUGAGUCUAUCAUACACUCGAACGCACAAGCUGUAGUUGACCUUGGACUGCAACAGAGUGGCUAUCAUUUUGUGACUGUCGAUUGCGGAUGGACGCUGCCGAAUCGGACAGCUGAGGGGACUCUGACAUGGAAUCCCGCUCGAUUCCCAAGCGGAUAUCCAGCCCUGGGCGACUUCCUCCACGAAAGGGGUCUUGGAUUUGGUGUAUACUCGGAUGGUGGGGUUCAAAUGUGCAUGACAGGAGAGCCAGCACAAGCUGGAAGUCUAUUCCACGAACAGAUAGAUGCGGAUACAUUCGCAUCAUGGGGUGCUGAUCUACUCAAAUACGACAAUUGCUACUCCGACGCCGCCCAAGGUUAUCCCGAUGCAGCCUACGACCCUGAUAUCUCCCCCCUCGGCCGGUAUGCUAAUAUGAGCAAUGCUGUCCUUGCUACCCACCGUCCUAUACUCUUCCAGGUCUGUGAUUGGGGUGUCGACUUUCCCUCUGCUUGGGCGCCUGGCGUCGGAAAUAGCUGGCGCAUAACAAACGACAUUAUUCCAUCUUACCGCACUAUUUCUCGGAUUUUGAAUCAAGCAGUGCCACAAACAUCGUUUGCAGGUCCUGGACGGUGGCUGGACCUAGAUAUGUUAGAGGUGGGGAACAAUGUUUUCACGAUACCGGAGGAGCAGACGCAUUUCUCGCUGUGGGCAAUAAUAAAGAGCCCUUUGGUUAUUGGGGCUGCGCUUAAGGACAACUACACAAGUAUCAGUCAAGCGUCACUCGACAUUUUGAAGAACGCGGAUGUCAUCAGCUAUAAUCAGGAUAGCUUGGGCGUUGCUGCGAGCUUUAGAAGGAGGUGGACUGAGGAGGGAUAUGAAGUUUGGGCAGGACCUCUGAGUGGCGGGAGAACUGUUGCUGCGGUAAUCAACUUGAAGGAUGAGGCAAGGACUUUGACGCUGGACUUGCCAGAUGUUGGGCUCCAGAAGGCGGGACUCGUAAGAGAUAUCUGGAACGAGGUGACUGUUAAGAACGUUCUCACUUCAUACACGGCCCCGGUGGAAUCGCACGGUACGAUAUUGUUGGAGCUGUGGGAUACCACCGUGGCAGAUUCAUAUGAUGGCCGAGACUCAACUACGAUGAGGCAAACUACAACUUUCUCCCAAGUAUAUGGGAUCACAUCUAGCUCCAACUAUACUGCUACACUUUCCUUUGAGCCCCAGCCGAAAGCCGCCACUGUCGCUAUUGGCAACAUACCGUACACGCUUCCCGCCUCCGGCAAGACGCUCUCAAUUCCGCAUAUCACACUCCGAGCAGGAGAUAACAAUACCAUCUCCAUAGACUCACCAGUUCCACCAACAUCCCUACGCAUCACGCCGCCCCCGCCAUCAUUCUAUCCUUCCACGUCAUUUGCUCUGGUUGGAAAUGCAAGCCAUGUCGAAUGCUACACGGGUCUCUGCCAACCCGUCGGAUCCAAGAUCUCCAACCUCUCGCCAGCGGGGUCGGCAUCUCUCUCGAUCACGGCUCCGUCUUCGACGUCCGGGCGGAAACUGGUCGAGGUGUAUUUCUGCAACAACGACAUUGCAUUCUCCACCUCAUGGACCACGGGCACUAACACGCGGAACAUGACCAUCAGGGUGAAUGAUGUGACGACACGGAUCGAGGUGCCUCUCAGUGGGCGGAGCAGCGAGCUCUUCAGCCCGGGCCUGGGAUGGCAGGAUACGGGGACAUUUGAGGUCCUCGUUGACGGAUGGGUGGAGGGUGAGAAUGUUGUGGUUGUGGGGAAUGCGUAUGGUGGGGAGGGGCUGGUCAACUGGGGAGCGGACUUUGUAGGAUUGGGCGUACGGUGGUAGGGCAGUGGGGUCCGCAGCCACGAUGCACAUGGCUCGGGACAAGGACCAGCGGCACCGGUAGAAUCUAGAUAGACAUGGCGUGCUGCAUGGCGGUACUGCGGAAUCAAAGUAUAGCUUCGGAUGAUUGCUUGAAGUACUUGCAACGGGUUUGGUGUCUACCCCGUGCGGUUGGAUAAAUAGGUAAGCUUCGGCAUAGCGGGGACCAGAAUGAAAGGGGCAGGACGGGUGGUAAUACAUAGAUUAAUGAGUGGAGAGGAAGGAGGAUGGUUGGUAUUAUUUACAGAGCAUGUCCAUGUGGC